AUGCAAUUCCGCUCGCCUCCAGCCGCCAGGAGCUCCCCGGCGCCGCAGACAGCGUCCCCCUCCCAAGGAGCUGCGCCCGCACCUGGGCAGUCUGGACCCUCGUGCCCUGCCCCCGGGGCCUCGCGCUGGGGACGCCCCGGGACACCUCCUGCGGGCCGGGUGGAGGAGGAAGAGGAGGAGGAGGAAGAAGACGUGGACCAGGACCCCCGCCCUACCCAGAACACCUGGCUGCGCUGCUGCCACUUCUCUUUAAGGGGAAGGAGAAGAGAACCGGGGAGAGCCAUGGGGGGCUGCGAAGUCCGAGAAUUUCUUUUGCAAUUUGGUUUCUUCUUCUUGCCUCUGCUAACAGCUUGGCCGGGCGACUGCAGUCACGUCUCCAACAACCAAGUUGUGUUACUUGAUACGACGACUGUGCUGGGAGAGCUAGGAUGGAAAACAUAUCCACUAAAUGGGUGGGAUGCCAUCACUGAAAUGGAUGAACACAAUAGGCCCAUUCACACAUACCAGGUAUGUAAUGUAAUGGAACCAAACCAAAACAACUGGCUUCGUACAAACUGGAUCUCCCGUGAUGCAGCUCAGAAAAUUUAUGUGGAAAUGAAGUUCACACUGAGGGAUUGUAACAGCAUCCCAUGGGUCUUGGGGACUUGCAAAGAAACAUUUAAUCUCUAUUAUAUGGAAUCAGAUGAGUCCCAUGGAAUUAAAUUCAAGCCAAGCCAGUAUACAAAGAUCGACACAAUUGCGGCUGAUGAGAGUUUUACCCAGAUGGAUUUGGGUGAUCGCAUCCUCAAACUCAACACUGAAAUUCGUGAGGUGGGGCCUAUAGAAAGGAAAGGAUUUUAUCUGGCCUUUCAAGACAUUGGGGCAUGCAUUGCUCUGGUUUCAGUUCGUGUUUUCUACAAAAAGUGCCCCUUCACUGUUCGUAACUUGGCCAUGUUCCCUGAUACCAUCCCAAGGGUUGAUUCCUCCUCUUUGGUUGAAGUACGGGGCUCUUGUGUGAAGAGUGCUGAAGAGCGGGACACCCCUAAACUAUAUUGCGGAGCUGAUGGAGAUUGGCUGGUUCCUCUUGGAAGGUGUAUCUGCAGUACAGGAUAUGAAGAAAUUGAGGGCUCUUGCCAUGCUUGCAGACCAGGGUUCUAUAAAGCAUUUGCCGGGAAUACAAAGUGUUCGAAGUGCCCUCCACAUAGUGUAACAUACAUGGAAGCAACUUCUGUCUGUCAGUGUGAAAAGGGUUACUUCCGAGCUGAAAAAGACCCACCUUCUAUGGCAUGUACCAGGCCACCUUCAGCUCCUAGGAAUGUGGUUUUUAACAUCAAUGAAACAGCCCUUAUUUUGGAAUGGAGCCCACCAAGUGACACAGGAGGGAGAAAAGAUCUCACAUACAGUGUAAUCUGUAAGAAAUGUGGCUUAGACACCAGCCAGUGUGAGGACUGUGGUGGAGGACUCCGCUUCAUCCCAAGACAUACUGGCCUGAUCAACAAUUCCGUGGUAGUACUUGACUUUGUGUCUCACGUGAAUUAUACCUUUGAAAUAGAAGCCAUGAAUGGAGUUUCUGAGUUGAGUUUUUCUCCCAAGCCAUUCACAGCUAUUACAGUGACCACGGAUCAAGAUGCACCUUCCCUGAUAGGUAUGGUAAGAAAGGACUGGGCAUCCCAAAAUAGCAUUGCCCUAUCAUGGCAAGCACCUGCUUUUUCCAAUGGAGCCAUUCUGGACUACGAGAUCAAGUACUAUGAGAAAGAGCAUGAGCAGCUCACCUAUUCCUCCACGAGGUCCAAGGCCCCCAGUGUCAUCAUCACAGGUCUCAAGCCAGCCACCAAGUACAUAUUUCAUAUCCGAGUAAGGACUGCAACAGGAUACAGUGGCUACAGUCAGAAGUUUGAGUUUGAAACAGGAGAUGAAACUUCCGACCUGGCAGCAGAGCAAGGGCAGAUUCUGGUGAUCGCCACCGCGGCUGUUGGGGGAUUCACGCUCCUAGUCAUCCUCACUUUGUUCUUCUUAAUCACUGGAAGGUGUCAGUGGUAUAUAAAGGCCAAAAUGAAGUCAGAAGAGAAGAGAAGAAACCACUUACAGAAUGGGCAUUUGAGCUUCCCAGGAGUGAAGACUUACAUUGAUCCAGAUACAUAUGAAGACCCAUCCCUAGCAGUCCAUGAAUUUGCAAAGGAGAUUGAUCCCUCAAGAAUUCGCAUUGAGAGAGUCAUUGGGGCAGGUGAAUUUGGAGAAGUCUGCAGUGGGCGUUUGAAGACCCCAGGGAAAAGAGAGAUCCCAGUUGCCAUUAAAACUUUGAAAGGUGGCCACAUGGAUCGGCAAAGAAGAGAUUUUCUCAGAGAAGCUAGUAUCAUGGGUCAGUUUGACCACCCAAAUAUCAUUCGCCUAGAAGGUGUUGUCACAAAAAGAUCCUUCCCGGCCAUUGGGAUGGAGGCGUUUUGCCCCAGCUUCCUGAGGGCGGGGUUUUUAAAUAGCAUCCAGGCCCCGCAUCCAGUGCCAGGGGGAGGAUCUUUGCCCCCCAGGAUUCCUGCUGGCAGACCAGUAAUGAUUGUGGUGGAAUAUAUGGAGAAUGGCUCCCUAGACUCCUUUUUGCGGAAACAUGAUGGCCACUUCACAGUCAUCCAGUUGGUCGGUAUGCUCCGAGGCAUUGCGUCCGGCAUGAAGUAUCUUUCUGAUAUGGGUUAUGUUCAUCGGGACCUAGCAGCUCGGAAUAUAUUGGUUAACAGCAACUUAGUAUGCAAAGUUUCUGAUUUUGGUCUCUCCCGAGUGCUGGAAGACGAUCCAGAAGCUGCUUACACAACAACUGGUGGGAAAAUCCCCAUAAGGUGGACAGCCCCAGAAGCUAUCGCCUACAGAAAAUUCUCCUCGGCAAGUGAUGCAUGGAGCUAUGGCAUUGUCAUGUGGGAGGUCAUGUCCUAUGGAGAGAGACCUUACUGGGAAAUGUCUAACCAAGACGUCAUUCUGUCCAUUGAAGAAGGUUACAGACUUCCAGCUCCCAUGGGCUGUCCAGCAUCUCUACACCAACUGAUGCUCCAUUGCUGGCAGAAGGAGAGAAAUCACAGACCAAAAUUUACUGACAUUGUUGGCUUCCUUGACAAACUGAUCCGCAAUCCCAGUGCCCUUCACACCCUGGUGGAGGACAUCCUUGUAAUGCCAGAGUCCCCUGGUGAAGUUCCUGAAUAUCCUUUGUUUGUCACAGUCGGUGACUGGCUGGAUUCUAUAAAGAUGGGGCAAUAUAAGAAUAAUUUCAUGGCAGCAGGGUUUACAACUUUUGACCUGAUUUCAAGAAUGAGCAUCGAUGAUAUCAGAAGAAUUGGAGUCAUACUCAUUGGACACCAGAGACGAAUAGUCAGCAGUAUACAGACUUUACGUUUACACAUGAUGCACAUACAGGAGAAAGGAUUUCAUGUAUGA